AUGCCUCCCAACCGAGUCAGAGUUGUCAAGGGCUCUUGUUGGUCCUGCAAGAAGCGACGCAUCAAAUGCAGUCUCUCUAAGCCGACUUGCCGCCAAUGCGCUGCCUCCGGCACCAAGUGCGACUACAAUAGCCGACUCAUUAGAUGGAGCACACGGCCAACUCCUCAUGUUCCUCCAGCCUACUGCAUCCCACGAAACGACUUGCACUUGACCGUUUACCUUGAGGUGUGCGAGCGGCGCGCUCUUGACUAUUUCCAUCUUCGCGUCUGGCCACUUCUCUCCACGGCAGAGGAACCGUGUGCUCCUCCGAGUUCGGUGGCUCUGGAGCACCGCGUCGUUUUGCUCGCUGCUUGUUUGCUGUCUGACUCUCACAGGCUCCUACAAGACGGUACGCAUGACCACGAUUCUCUCAGCAAGAAGCGGCUGGAAUGUCUGGCUGCCGUUCGAACCGAAAUAGAUCGCUGCUGCGUUGAGCCCAAGAGGGAUGGACCCACGACCGGGCUCUUAUUUGCCGUCAUCCUCUUGUACUUUGAUGACGGAUACAUGGGUUGCAUCCUCAAGUCAGCCUCGACCUCUAGUCAUUACAAUGGCAUCCUAGCUAUCCUCGAGCAUUUAGGUGGCAUCGAGGCCGUAGUGUCGACAGCCCCCGAGCCGCUGCACAUGCUGCUCUCAGAGUUCGCGACGACGGAUCUCACAACAUCCAUGAUUCAGGGUAAGCCUCCGGCAUUCCCUCCUGACGUGUGGCACCGGCUCGAUAAGGGCCCUGUUUGGUGGGGUCGUGACCCGUUGGGUAGAUGCUCCCUGGCGUCCGUCUUUCGCGAAAUUGCCAAGAUGGGCCUGUACCUACAAGCGACGACAAGCAUGGCUGAGGAUCUGUCUAUCGAGCGCAUCCGCGAAUUCGAAGCGUCCCUUCGUCCAGUCUAUGCGCCACUGACUGUCGCCGAUGCUGACGGCCAGAGCCCCUCCGAGGUAUCCGACUGCUCCACGUCUGCAACAGAAGCCGAGGCUGUACAUGCAUUCACUCUCGUCCGCAUCUUCCAACACACCGCCUUGCUGUACCUGUAUAGAGCCAUUUGUGGAUUUCCGACCCGUCACCCGCUUGUGCAGCAGCAUGUCAGAUCCUGCCUCGCUUGCAUAUUUGAGAUUCCUCGGGAGGCAAACAAUCUUAACUGCAUCGUCUUCCCGCUGUUCAUCGCCGGAGCCCACGUUUCAUCGGCAGAAGAGCAAAAGGCCGUUCUUGACAUGGCUGACGUGAUAUACGAUGAUAUGCGAUUCGCUUCGAUCGACGCGGUCAAAUCUUUCUUCAAGACCAUUUGGCCGUCCAGAUCUGGAGAGAAGACCUGGCUCGAAAUCUUCAGCCAUCUCAGCCCACACGUCCUAGUGCUAUGA